CAUCUCGCGCCAUUCUCCGCAGUCAAUCUAUAUUGCAGUGCAGUGUACACUACGAAAAGCAACGUGCGCUUGCAGGGCUUUCUUUCUCCCAACCUUGUUUCCUCACUCGCGGCUGUCUCUUCCCAGUGAAUCGAUCACUUUACACUUCACACCAUGGGUUGGUUUUGGGGCGGUUCGAACCAAGACGACCCCGUCAAAAAGCUUGACCCGGAGCUGCGGGAGUUCCUCGAACAUGAAGCCCCCAAGAAAUACGUGCCCACGAAUGCGCUUCCUUCCGUCCACGAGCCUUCGAAGACAGUAGAGAAGGCACCGGUACCACCGCCAUCGUCGGAGAGUGCUUCUACGCCGUCGGAACCUUCGGUCCCCAAUGCCUCCCUCUUCCCCGACGGCCGCUAUGCCCACCUCUGGAAGACCUACAAGCCACCCCAGGAAAAGGAACAGUCCGAGAUGAAAACCGCCGAGCGGGUGAUCGAGAAGUACAAACAGCGCGGUGAUACCGUGCACCGGGCGGCGAUGGAGAACUGUGCGUUGGAACAGGAGGACUGGGCCAAUUGCUUCCGCACCGGCAACUGGCAGAAGCAACUGAAAGCCCGUGCGACCAUGUGCUCAGAAGAGAACUCUAAGUUUUCUCGUUGUUUUACCACCCAGGCUAAAUUCCUCCAGGCCUUGGGCUACGCAUCCUCCUUCGAGUGGGACGCGGAGAGAGAGGAGCGGAUUCAGAUGCACGCGGAUAAACUCUAUCACGAGAUGUUGGACUACGAAACCCGGGUGGAGGAAGCACAGAAGGCCGGGCUGGAACCUCCGCCUCUCACCUCGCUCUUUAACCCCCAAGUACCGCCGCCGCCGCAGAGUCCCGCCGUUACCACCAAGAAGACGUUGGAGAUCCCCGGUGGGGAGGCCAUCCCCGUCGGCUUGAAGCCAUCGAAGCCUCUGGAGAAGCUCACUCCCCACGAGCGAGAGCUGGAGAUCCGGGCGCACAACGCACAGUUGGAGCAGCAGAAACUAUACGUGCAGGAGGCGACGCCGUUCAUCAAGAGCCAGGAUGAGGCCCGUUCCAAGCGACGAGAGAAGGCUACCAGUUGGUUUGGCGAGACGAUUGGUCGCUGGGUCACCUGAAACAUUCCGGAUAUGAGAAAUUCGUCUUCACUUCUGAUGUAUAUUAUGAUUGUUACCCCUGUUGGCUUGACUUUUCUGGGGGAGUUUGUGAGUAGAUAUCAGCGAUACUUUCGAAAUUGAAUAGUAG